AUGUUCCCAGAAGUGAGGCAGAUGACAGUUUCAACUGGUCAAUUCAUCGGUCAAAAUGCCUCGUGUCUUGAGGCAACUGACCCAGGUCGCGCACGGGAAACACGAAUUUCAUGGGAACGUCCGUAUAAAUGUACUCACUGUGGUAACGCAUUCUCCCAGAACGGUACAUUAAAACGCCAUUUACAAACAUGCAAAGCAGUCAGUAGACGAGAUCGUAUCCGUGGUUGUACUCGCAAUACAGGUAGCGGGGACAGCGCGACCACCGGGCCGAAAACCGAUUCGCUUGACGAGGCUGGUAUCGAUACGAACGGACGGUCGGAAUUGGACAUGAUGAAGUUGGAUGAAAUUGACGGACGCCAAGCGACACCGGAACAAAGCCUGGGAAGUAUUAUCAACGGUGGAAGACUAUACUAUUUCAAUCCUUGA